AUGGAGGAUAUGCUCUGGCUGUCCAACAAACUAACAACAAAAUCCAUAAAAACACAAAUCCAUGAUGGUGAUAUAGACAGUGCCAAUGCUGUAUUUAAUGAGGCAUUGGAUAAAGGAUUGAAACCUAGUAUUGUUCUCUACAAUACCUUAGUCAAAGGGUUGUCUCAGCAUGGACUAAUUUUGCAGGCCUUGCAACUGAUGAAUGAGAUGUCAGAAAAUGGUUGCAAACCCAAUAUAUGGACUUACAACUUAGUUAUCAAUGGGUUGUGCAAGAUGGGUUGUGUCUUAGAUGCCUUUAAUCUUAUGAAUGAUGCUAUUGCUAAAGGCUACGUUCCUGACAUAUUUACCUUUAAUACUUUGAUUGAUGGUUGCAGCAAACAGAUGAAGCUGGAUGAUGCACUUGAGAUAGUAAAUAGAAUGUGGAGUGAGGGUGUUACUCCUGAUGUGAUCACAUAUAAUACUGUGUUGAACGGACUUUGCAAAGCUGCAAAGUCUAGAGAUGUGAUGGAUACUUUCAAUGCAAUGAUACAGAAAGGGUGUGUCCCUAACAUAAUUACAUAUAACAUAGUUGUAGAGAGCCUGUGCAAAGCUCGAAAAGUAAGUGAAGCUUUCAAAAUGAGUUUUGUUCCCUCAACAAAAUGA